CUCGAACAGCAAGAGACCUAUUUCAUCCUACAGAAAUCGAAGAUCAACCUCUUCCUCAGAAAUCGAACCUGUUUCAUCCUACAGAACUCGAAGAUCGACCUCUUCGUGAGCCACUUUUAUACAUUUCUGAUGCCUAAACGGAAGGCGAAAAGGGCUACUAAACAGUCUAAUUCAUCUCAUGUGGAUGAUACUCGGUGUGAUGUUGCUACAAAUGGAGCUCCAGAAGAAAAUGCAUUCAUUGACCAAGAAGUUGAACGCCAGACUGCUGCGAUCAGGGCGAUUCGUGAUAUGGAGAUUGAAAGAUUACUAACUGCUCUGCACUUGCUAAAAUCCAAUAUGAGCAAGGAACAGCUACAGACUCCGUUGCUUCAAUUUUUUGAGAAAAAUCUUCCAAACCUAACUGUGUCAAGAGCUGGGGAAGAUGGACGGAUUGUAGUUAAACGGAAGGAUAAGGAUGGUGACUUAUCCAUGAACACUGCUGAUGGUGGAAAUGCUAUCUCUUCAUUUCUACAACAUAUGUCUAUGGCUUAUCCUGACUGCUCUACUGCAAUGCCAUCUAUUGGUGGCUUUGAGUUUUCAAGUAGAGCUGGUAAAACAAGCUUCAUUGGUGCUGAAAAUCUUCAGAUCAAGGAUUUUGUUCUAGAGGAGCCAUCUGACACUCAUAUUCUUGGCAUAGAAGAUCCUCUGCAAACUCCUGGGGUGACUAGCCAGAGAUUGUCUGUUGGCAUGACACCUAAAACUUUAAGGCUUCCGAAACAGGGUGAGAUGCUUCUGUCGGUUCAUGGUUCACCCCUUGGUGUUUUCAAAGAAAACAACAUGGACGCCAUACAUGAGAUAGAGGAAGAAUGAGUCGUUUCCUACAAAACAAUACUGAUAUCUGGAAUCUACUUCAGUUCUAUUUCUAAGCGGUAUAGCUUUGCAUCUAGUUGUUUUUCUACAGUCGCUUCUGAAGAAAUUGCCUUAAUGCAAUUCAUUGUAUUAAAAGUGUAUGUUGCAAAUUGCUUUCUCAAGAUUGAGCUUCCAACUUUGUGUUAUCAGGAUACUUGCUUGAGCAGUUGCUUCUUUUCAUUGUCAUGCAGAAAAAGUAUAAGAUUUUCUU